AUGAAAAGAAAAAAAGAAGAAGAGGUCUCUUUACAAGCACAGGAAAAGAGGGCUAUGAGAAGAUAUGGUUGUGGUAGGAAUAGGCUCUAUCCAAGAUUGGAUGACUUGGACUCUAGAUUAUCAUCGCCUUCUGAAGGAGCGAGAAAAUGUGGGUUUGGCAUUGAGGGAUUUAGACGUACUGCUCCAGGAACAGAUACACCAUCAAGAUCUUUCAAGAGAGGAAUCAGAAAAGGAUCUGAGGGACUCAAGUCUAUUGGUCGGUCGCUUAGAUUUGGGGUCUCUAGGGCAGUAUUUCCAGAAGAUCUUAAAGUGUCAGAGAAGAAGAUUUUUGAUCCUCAAGAUAAAUUCCUCCAGUUCUGCAAUAAACUGUUUGUCAUAUCAUGUAUCCUGGCAGUGUCUGUGGACCCUCUAUUUUUUUAUCUCCCAGUUUUUGAUGUUCCAGGGAACUGUCUUGGAAUAGAUCGCAAAUUAGCAACGAUAGCAACAACAUUGCGAACAAUUAUUGAUGCUUUCUAUCUUAUACGCAUGGCUCUUCAGUUCCGAACGGCUUACAUCGCCCCAUCUUCUCGGGUCUUUGGACGAGGUGAACUUGUGAUAGAUCCCACACAAAUAGCCAAGCGAUACUUGCAGAGAUAUUUCAUCGUUGAUUUUCUUUCUAUCCUCCCCCUACCACAGAUUGUGGUUUGGAGGUUUCUUGUGAGGUCGAAAGGUUCAGAUGUCUUGGCCACAAAACAGGCCUUGCUUUACAUCAUCCUGCUUCAAUACAUUCCGAGAUUUCUUCGAAUCUUGCCCUUAACUUCAGAACUGAAAAGGACGGCAGGUGUUUUUGCUGAAACUGCCUGGGCCGGAGCUGCAUAUUAUUUGCUAUUAUACAUGCUUGCUAGCCAUAUAGUUGGUUCGUUUUGGUACUUGUUAGCAGUAGAACGAAAUGAUACAUGCUGGCAGGAGAAUUGUACUGAUGCUGUAAAAUGCCAAAAGAAUUUCUUGUACUGUGGCAAUCAGCAUAUGGAUGAAGAUUAUGCUGCCUGGGAUGGAUCCAUUCUUCAGUCAAAUUGUUCAGCAGGAGAUGAUGCAAAAUUUGAUUAUGGAAUUUACUCAAAUGCUUUGACUUCUGGCAUUGUUUCAUCUAAGAAGUUCAUCUCCAAAUACUGUUUCUGUCUAUGGUGGGGGCUUCAGAAUUUGAGUACACUUGGCCAGGGGCUUGAAACCAGCACCUAUCCUGGAGAGGUGAUAUUCUCCAUAGCACUAGCCAUUUUUGGACUCAUUCUCUUUGCUCUUCUGAUUGGCAACAUGCAGACCUAUCUUCAGUCACUUACUAUUCGUUUAGAAGAAAUGAGAGUCAAAAGGCGUGACUCAGAACAGUGGAUGCAUCAUCGCUUGCUUCCUCAAGAACUUAGGGAACGGGUCAGACGCUAUGACCAGUACAAAUGGUUGGAAACACGUGGAGUGGAUGAAGAAAACUUGGUACAGAGCCUUCCAAAGGAUCUGAGAAGAGAUAUCAAACGGCAUCUUUGUUUGGCUUUGGUGAGGAGGGUUCCUCUAUUUGAGAAUAUGGAUGAGAGGUUGCUCGAUGCCAUUUGUGAGCGGUUGAAACCUUGUCUAUUUACAGAGAGCACAUACAUAGUUCGUGAAGGAGAUCCAGUUGAUGAAAUGCUUUUUAUCAUACGUGGUCGCCUGGAGAGUGUGACUACAGAUGGUGGGAGAAGUGGUUUCUUCAACCAUAGUUUACUCAAAGAAGGAGAUUUCUGUGGAGAGGAGCUUUUGACCUGGGCACUGGAUCCCAAAUCCGGUGCCAACCUUCCCUCUUCUACUCGGACAGUGAAGGCACUAAAAGAGGUUGAGGCUUUUGCUCUCAUAGCUGAAGAGUUGAAAUUUGUAGCCAGUCAGUUCAGGCGCCUUCAUAGUAGACAAGUUCAGCACACCUUCCGGUUUUAUUCACAGCAGUGGAGGACUUGGGCUGCUUGCUUUAUUCAAGCUGCAUGGCGACGUUAUUCCAAGAGGAAGAGUAUUGAGCUUUGUCGGAAGGAAGAAGAGGACGAAGUAGAAGCAGAAGGGUCAGAUGGAUCCCGUAGCAAUAUUAGUGGAGGUUCUUACAGUAUUGGUGCCACCUUUUUGGCAACCAGGUUUGCAGCAAAUGCUCUACGAGGUGUUCAUCGUAAUCGUAAUGCCAAGACUGCCAGGGAAUUAGUGAAACUACAGAAACCCCCAGAACCUGAUUUUACUGCUGAAGAUGCAGAUUGA